AUGGGCGUAGCCUGCUGGCAGCUGUACUGCUUAGAGCAUGGCAUCCGCCCAGAUGGGACCCUGCCUUUUUGUGAGACCGACGUCAAUCCUUCGGACUCCUGCUUCAAUACGUUCUUCUCGGAAGCAGACCGGGGCAAGAUGGUGCCCAGGGUUGUGAUGGUGGAUUUGGAGCCUACUGUAAUCGAUGAAGUACGAUCCGGUGAGUACCGACAGCUUUAUCACCCGGAACAACUAAUUACUGGCAAAGAAGAUGCAGCUAAUAACUACGCACGGGGUCACUACUCUACAGGACGAGAGGUCCUGGGUCCGGUUAUGGAGAGAGUGCGAAAACUGGCUGAUCAGUGUACUGGAUUACAGGGCUUUUUCGUUUUCCACUCGUUUGGCGGUGGCACAGGCUCAGGUUUCACAUCAUUACUCAUGGAGAAGCUUUCUGAUGAAUUUGGCAAGAAAAGCAAACUGGAGUUCGCUAUCUACCCAGCUCCACAGGUGUCUACCGCAGUAGUGGAGCCCUACAACGCAGUAUUGACAACUCACGCGACAAUCGGACAUUCUGACUGCGCGUUUAUGGUUGACAAUGAAGCUAUAUACGACAUUUGUAGGCGACGACUUUCGAUCGAGAGGCCAUCGUAUGCCAAUCUAAAUAGGCUUAUAUCACAGGUGGUAUCUUCAAUCACGGCCUCACUGCGAUUCGACGGAGCUUUGAAUGUGGACCUGACGGAGUUUCAGACAAACUUGGUGCCAUACCCGCGGAUACACUUUCCUCUCGCUGCCUAUGCGCCGGUAGUCUCUGCUGAUAAGGCAUACCACGAAGGGAUGUCCGUGUCAGAGAUCACGUCGGAGCUCUUCGAGCCCCAGAAUCAGAUGGUGAAGUGUGACCCAAGGGACGGCAAAUACAUGGCCUGCUGUUUACUGUACCGUGGUGAUGUGGUUCCAAAAGACGUGAAUGCGGCCAUAGCGGCCAUGAAAGGAAGAGCUGGGAUACGAUUUGUCGACUGGUGUCCUACUGGCUUCAAAGUUGGUAUAAAUUACCAGCCACCAUCAGUGGUGGCGGGAGGAGACCUUGCGCAAGUGAAGAGAGCUGCGUCGAUGUUAAGCAACACUACGGCUAUUGCGGAGGCCUGGGGCAAGCUCGACAACAAAUUCGACCUUAUGUACUCCAAACGGGCCUUUGUGCAUUGGUACGUCGGCGAAGGCAUGGAAGAAGGCGAAUUCACAGAAGCGCGGGAAGACUUGGCGGCACUUGAACGUGACUACGAUGAAGUAGCCAUCGAAACAUCGGACAUGCCGCCCGGUUGUGACGACGAACUAUGA